GAGGUUUGACAUACUUAAGACAAAGACCACAGUAAUUGGGAGUUGAAUUGUUUUCAGCAGCUGAGGAAGACGCAUCUCUGUGCUACGACUUCACCACCACAGAGCAGGACCUUGAUGUUGCAGAGGCCCUAUCAGCUCCACUGACAACUCUGGAUUGUUGGAGAAAAGAAGCAGCAGGGGAGCAGAGCUGCAGGAAGCCAACAUACCAGCAUACCCCCACUAACUAGAUAAGGCUCCAGAAACACUCCGAAAACUCUUUUAACUUCACGUGAGGAAAGCAGGGGAAAAGUGUCCCCGUUUCUAGACAGAGGAGUCAAGACUAAACAGAAAACAAAGAGGGGCUGUGCUGAAGUGUGAGGAGAAAACGUGUGUGUGUGUGUUUGUGGAGGGCUGACUGGACAGAAGAAGGGGUCUUGAGAAGAAGUGAGACAAGCCGCAACAAUCUGGAGGAGGAACAGCAAGAGGUCCACCGGGCCCCACAGCACAAUUUCACUAUGAGUAUGACUGGUACUCUAGAGAAGGGGGCCCACCAUCAAGCCUUGGACCUGUCUGAGGAACUGCCGCCUCAUCACCACCAUCACCACGCCAACCACCACCACCAGCAUCUCCACCACUCCAACUCUCUAGCUUCCACCACCGCCAUGGGUGGAGGCAGAGAAACGCCUUCGCGUGUAGUCAUACCUCCUCCUUAUUCUGCAGCAGAGAGCGGCGGUGGGGGUAGUGAGGCGCCUCUGGAGCUGAGGGGGUCCCUGGACUGCUGGGCGUGCUCCGUGCUGGUGACGGCUCAGAACCUGGUGAUUGCCGCGAUCAACGCCUGCCUUGCUGGACUGGUGUUUGGCACCAUCCUCACGCCAGCCAUCGUCAUGGUGGUGUUUGGCUUCCUCUGCCACUCUACAGUCCGCCCUCAUGGGACGACCCCCUACUGCUCCGACCUGCUGACUGACGGCGGCUGCGUGGCUCUACUUGUGGUGGGCUUCCUCUUGGUGACACCUCUGCUGGUCUUGGCGCUGGCUGCAUACUGUCGCCUGGCCCGACACCUCCAGCUGGGCCUGUGCUUCAUCCCAUACAGCCGGGCCGUGUACAAGAACCUGCCAGCCACCCAGCACCGCGGCAUAGGCACGGGCUGCUGCGGCGGAAGAGAUGGAGCCGACAGCGGCGGGAAGGGGAAGGUCUGGGUGUGAGAGACGAAAGACGGGAGUGAAGAAGACCAUUAGAUGAAGUAUUUGCAGGGAACUGAGCAAAAGGACAGGGCUGGGGAUGAGUAAGGAAACACAGGAGAUAUAAAAACAGUAAAAACAUGUACCAGAGAAUAGAGAAAAAUGUAAAUGACAGUUACUUUAACAGCCAGCUGAACAUCCUGGAGGACAAGUUACACUGUUAUAAAUAUUACUCCCAUACCUUAAUGUCAGAGAAACAUUAUUCACUGUUUAGAGAGAUAAACACAGUGUACUGAGGAAUCUUCUUCAUUGGUAUGGACACAUUGGCUCUUUUCAAAGUUUUAAACCAAUAAUUCACACUCUGUAAAUUAGCAUUACUUAAAAAUAAUCAAAGGUGCCUCACAAAACCUGACUGCAGGGGGUUAAAGAAAAGAGGAAAUUGGAUAGACUUCAGCAUCUUAUCUGACCUGCAUACGACCUUAACUUUCCUGAGUGAAACAAAGGAAAAAGGAAAACUGAAAACAGCACACCUCACAAAAGGUUGUAUUGACACUAAAUAUAACUGUAUCUCAUUACAUGUAUGUUAUUAUGAAAAACAUCAUUUGUCUAGUGUAGUUUUCAGUAAAGCAAACUGUGACUGCAAUUUAGUGCAUUCGUUCCUUUUUCUAAAUAAAGUUUUUGGAUUCA